AGAAAGAGACAGUGGGAGGGAGAAAAGCAGAGGGGAGGAUGGAGAGAGGGAAAAUCCUGAAAACCCUGUUCUGGGGUUUUGAGAGAGACAGAAGGCAAACCCUCGAAACCCUGUUCUAGGCAAAACCCCACCACUAUCAAUACCUCUCUCUCUCUCUCUCUCUCUCCACUAAUGGCAUCUCACUACCACCACCAUCCUCACAGCUCCCAUCACUCUCCUUGCAGCUGCUGCUGUUGCUGCAGCAGCUGCUCAUCAAAUCACCAUCCUACCCCUCCCUCUCCCACUGACCCUCUUCUUCAAGCCAUUGCUACUCAACUCCUCCAUUCCCAAUACCCCAAACCUCAACACCAACAACAACACCCACAUCAAUACCACCCCCUAAAACAACCACAACAAACCCAAUCUCUCCUUCUCCUUCAAUCCCUCCUCCGUCGUGUCGCGGCCCUUGAAUCCUCUCUCCACCACAUCUAUCCUCCUUCUCAUUCUCAUUCACCUCCCCUAUCUCUCCGAGACAUCGCCGCUCGCACCAUCCAAACCCAUUUCCGAGCUUUCCUUGCCCGUCGAUCCCAAACCCUCAGACAACUCAAACACCUCGCCUCUAUCAAAUCCAAUCUUGCUGCCCUCAAAUCCUCUCUCUCAGACAAGACCCAACUCCGCAGACCCGACGCCCUCUCGCAGAAAGUCACCAGUCUGCUCCAAAAGCUCGAAUCCAUUCAGGGCGGUGACUCGAUGAUUCGUGAAGGGAAAAGGGCAAUAAGCAGUGAACUGAUUCAGCUUUUGCAGUUCGUUAAUGGCAUGGCAGCGAAAAGGCAAGAGACUCCUUCCAAAUCAACAAAAAAGGUAAGCUUCUCAGAGAAUGGUAAUCGAUCCAGAGCUUUGGCCAAUGCUCAGGAGCCAUUUCCAAGCAUUCAAGCUGCCGGAAAUGGUGCCAGCAUUGAUCGUCGGGUUCUGUGUGAUGAUCAGAGAGAUUUAGUGGAUGAAUUGAGCAGAGAAAUUGAACGCAUCGAAGGGUUAUCCAGGAUUCUUGAGAAUGAUGAGCAAGGGCUUGAUGUUGAGCUGGAAGGAUUUCAACAGAUCAGUGAUGAUGAAAGAAACCCCGGAAAGAAUUUUAAGGACGAGGGAAAUUUUGGAAUGAGUGGGAUCUACCAGGGUCGAAAUGGGAAUUUGGGUUUGUCUGCUGACCCAACUAUGCCUGGGAUGGCUGCUGAGGGCAGUUUUGGAAUGAAUGGGAUCUACCAGGGUCAAAAUGGGAAUUUGGGUUUGUCUGCUCCAUUGCCUGUGCAGAUGGAGGAAAUUAGGGGAAGUGAUUUGGGCAAGAAAAAGAAGUUUGCGAGGGUGAUUGGGUGAAGGAUGGGGGCUGCUACCCUCCAAACCCCAUUGACAUUUGAGUAAUUAUAAGCUCUUGAACACUGGAUUCUGUGCACGCGCACCCAUUGGUUUGGUGAUCCAAACCGUUGUUCUGGUAGGCCUGACAUGGGUUGGGGAUCCUCCAGAAACCUCCCUGAUUGGAAGAUCCUAGCUAUUUGUUGGCCUAUCAUUCCACUGAAUAUAAACCUUAUCUACUUGGAGCCACCAUGAUGAUGGGUUGUGAUCUUCCAAUCUGGAAGAUUUCUUGGGCAUCCUGAAUCCAUGGCGGGCCAUCAGUCAAUGGUUUGGAUUGCCA